CUUUAUAGUGUGUACCCCGACGCCGGACGGAAGGAAAUAGAAGACGAGCAACACAGUCGCUGCUGUGUCUCUUUAUGUCGGGUUUUUAUCGUCGUGUUGUCUCGGUGAUGGACCGCAGCAGAUCUCCGGACAGAGCUGGCGAGAAGAGGAAGAAACGACGACGGUCCUCUUCCUCGACCUCCUCCUCUUCAUCCUCCUCCUCGUCUUCCUCAUCCGGCAGCAGGAGCAGGAGCAGACCGUCGAAGAAGAGUCCAGGUGUGAAAACACAAACAAAGAAGCGUAGAAGAAGAAGCUCCUCUUCCUCCUCCUCUUCGUCGUCCACCUCUUCUUCUUCCUCCUCCUCCUCCUCGUCGUCCUCCUCCGGCUCGUCGAGCGAGGACAAGACGAAGAAGAAGAAGAAGAAGAGUAAAGCCAAGAAAAAGAAGUCUAAGAAGAAAAAGGCGAAGCUGAGGAAGCUGAAGAGGAGGAAGAAGAAGAAGAAGAAGAAGGAGGAGAAGCUACUGAAGAAGAAGAAGGAGAAGAAGAAAGUGGAGGUGGUGCAGCUGCCCGGUCCUCCGGUGGAGAAACCUCCAUCUUGCCUGGAGGUGUGGCAGAGUGAUGAAGGGGCAGUGGAGCUCGGACCUGUGAUGACCGACGAACAGAAGGCCCGACUCUCCACUAAGAGACCCCUCACUAAAGAGGAGUAUGAGGCCAGACAGAGCGUGAUCCGCAGGGUGGUGGACCCUGAAACAGGACGCACCAGAUUGGUGAGAGGAGAAGGAGAGAUCAUAGAGGAGAUCGUCAGCCGAGAAAAACAUAAAGACAUCAACAAGCAAGCCACCAAGGGAGACGGGAACGCCUUCCAGAGGAAACUGGGAGUCAACAGGUAGAAGAUUCCCUGAACUGCGUCAAGAAGCUGAAUUUUUAUAUCGUGAUUUCAAACAGUGACCUGUGAUUGAACUGUUUAUACUGGUGAAGGUACACAAUGCCUGGGACGCGUACUGUAGCCGUACACUAGUGAGUUUAAUCCAGGUGAAAGCCGGUUUCUCCUGUUGAUUCGCCUUAUUAAGUCCACGCUGAUCACAAAGGAGAUAUAAACAGAAGCAGGUGAGUUGGUGAGCGACUCAGCUGAGAUCUGCCAUGGGAACUGUACACGAGGAAGACAAAUAGUUUGCACAUUCGAUGCGUGUUUACACUGAUUAGUGCUCAUUUAUUUUGUCCACGUUUUAAAGCGUAUCAGUGAGUACAUUUAAGGAUCGACCCUGGAUGGACUGCGAGUAAAGUUGUCAGUUUCCUGUUGUAGAGUUGUGACCAUUCAAAUGUUUUCUUAAUUUGAAAUUAACGAUUUAUAGUUAAAAUCAAACAUAUUAAGAAGCUGAUUUAAUUGUUCAGUGUCCUGUUGGACUCUACAAACCCUAUUUUUUAAUUAUUUUUUAAUUUUGGCUACAUACUCUACACCCACUCACUUCUCACCUUUACAUCUCACAUUUUGUUUCUUUUUGGUUCUCUGAAGAAAUCUGCAUUUGUGUGAACUGAUCCCAGAAAAAUAAACCGUUGGUGUGAACUGCAACAAAUUUUCUGCA